GCACUGCCUCUACUCUGGUCUUCUUACUGCCGGACCGGAAGCGUUAGCUGUUACAGUCAUAGACAUCAUAUAUAUUAUGUCUAUGGUUACAGUUGCGCUUGACUCCUAGAGGCUUUGUGCGCUGAAGGUGAAGGUUGUUUCUAUGACGAAUUCUCGUGUGUUCUUCUCGCGAUAUUCAGUUUAGUUUAACUUGUCUCCUUGGUUAGCCAUGUAACGUUAGCAUCUUCAAAUCUUUCAACAUUGUAUCCCAUCGUUAACGGCGAAGAACAAGCUAAUGUAAAUAAAUGCUAGCUAGUAUUCACUCCUGUCAGUAAGUUCAAACCUAUGGUUCAAACGCACACCACGCGGAUCAAGUUCAACUUAUAGCGGAAACAGGAUAUGAGAUCUUAAGGUGUAAAGGUCCAGUAAUAUAAACUCUCCCGAGAUGGCAGCACAUUCUAUCUCUUAUGACAGCCACUCUAGCGAUUCAGAAAAUUGGGAUCAAAGGACAACAUGUGGCUCUAGGAGAAUCUGCAGACAUUUAAGUGGUCAGCUGCUUGGAGCUCAGCUGGAGGGAGAGCUGGUCAACAUGAGCCUGCACGGAGCCAGCGGAGGAGGACCCCUGGACCACCCCAUGGAGAGACGGCGCUCUGGUGAUCGCUCCAGGGAUUCUUCACACGAGAGAGGCGAAGGACAGCUGACCCCCUGCAUCAGGAACGUCACCUCACCCAUACGCCAGCACCUCAGCGACCGUGAACGGGAUUCAGGCUGCUCAUCGCGCUCAACGAGUCCCAGGCCUCAGAAAGCAUGUACUUCCAGCCUGUUCUAUGGUGACCCUCAUGGUAAAACCCACAGCUCCGACAUGAUCUACGUGUGUGAAAACAUCAAGGAGGGCCCUCGCAGUUUGAGGACUGCCGAGAGAGUCACUCUGAUUGUAGACAACACACGUUUCGUGGUCGACCCAUCCAUCUUCACUGCCCAACCCAACACCAUGCUCGGCAGGAUGUUUGGAUCUGGACGGGAACACAACUUCACGCGUCCUAAUGAAAAGGGAGAGUAUGAGGUUGCUGAGGGAAUCAGCUCCACCGUGUUCAGAGCCAUUCUGGAUUACUACAAAUCAGGGAUAAUCCGCUGCCCUGAUGGGAUAUCCAUCCCGGAGCUGAGAGAGGCAUGUGACUACCUUUGCAUCGCCUUCGACUGCAGCACCAUCAAGUGCAGAGACCUCAGUGCACUCAUGCAUGAGCUGUCUAAUGAUGGCGCCCGGCGGCAGUUCGAGUGCUAUCUGGAGGAGAUGGUGCUUCCUCUGAUGGUGGCCAGCGCUCAGAGCGGAGAGAGGGAGUGUCAUGUGGUGGUGCUGACCGACGAUGACGUGGUGGACUGGGAUGAGGAGUAUCCACCGCAGAUGGGAGAGGAAUACUCACAGAUUAUAUAUAGCACAAAACUAUACCGUUUCUUCAAAUACAUUGAGAACCGAGACGUUGCCAAAUCUGUUUUGAAGGAGAGAGGACUGAAGAAGAUUCGAUUAGGCAUUGAAGGUUACCCAACCUACAAAGAGAAAGUAAAGAAGCGGCCCGGCGGGCGUCCUGAGGUCAUUUACAACUAUGUCCAGCGGCCCUUCAUCCGCAUGUCCUGGGAGAAAGAGGAAGGCAAAAGCAGACACGUGGACUUCCAGUGCGUGAAAAGCAAGUCCAUCACCAACCUGGCUGCAGCUGCCGCAGACAUCCCUCAAGACCAGCUGGUGGUGAUGCACCCCGGGCCUCAGGUGGACGAACUAGACAUCCUCCCCAACCACCCUCAGCCCAGCCACCAUUACGAUCCUGAUCCCGACGCCCCGUCCCCGGCCAUCUGACCCUCACACACACUAACACACACACACACACACACACCGUCAACACUGGAGCACUGCAGAGAGAGGCCAGCCAAGUCCCGCUGCCAAGACCGCAUUGCCUUUCAAGUCCUCUGCCCGCCUUAAGAGUCUCAAAGACGAUCGCUGUGGCAGCACAUGACCUUUGGACACUUUGCCUUUCUUUCCCUCAUAGAACUCAACCAAAGGAGUUUUUUUAAUUUAAUUAGACACUCAAAGUUGAUAAUCACUCCUUUGAUUAGUAUCUGAAGAGAUUGUACUAAGUUGUGGUGCUGUGUAGCUACUGCUGUUUAACUUGGCAAUAAAAUGAAGCACAAUCCACUGGAGAACCUGCAUCAUGUGAUGAAAUGAGAAUCCCCUCUGGUUUUGUCACGUGGACGGGGCGUAACGGAGCACCUGUGGAGCUUCACUGUGAUGCAUGGCCUCUGAAUGAGUACUGAAGUGAUGUCAUGUUUUUAUUGUACCGUAUAAUUCAUAUUGUUGUUAUUUGUAGCUGCAGUGAGGUGCAUCACGAGAGACGCUCCUCUUGCUUGAGGAAUGUUAUUUUAAUAAACACGAUCCAAUCAGCA